AUGGCUCAACUCCUAAACAGCAUACUCAACGUGAUCAAAGUGUUCCAGAAAUACGCUCAGGAGAACGGGGACUGUACCUUGCUCUGCAAGAAGGAGCUGAAGCAGCUGCUGUUGGCUGAGUUCGGAAGCAUCCUCCGGAGGCCGAAUGACCCAGAGACUGUGGAAACCAUCCUGAGCCUCCUGGAUAAAGACAGAAAUGGGCAUGUUGAUUUCAACGAAUAUCUCUUGUUGGUGUUCCAGCUGGUCCAAGCUUGCUACCGUAAGCUGGAUGCUAAGUCCUGUGGGGACAGAACGUCCCAGCAAGAAGGGGAGCAGGAGGGGACCCAAGACCAGAAGUUUCCACGAAAUACAGGCAGACAGCACCGGGAGAGGCACGCGGGAGAAAGGCAAGACCCCGACCACGGUCAGUCUGGGACACAGGACAGGGACUCCCGCUGUGGCCAGUCUGGGACACAGGACAGGGACUCCCACCAUGGCCAGUCUGGGACACAGGACAGGGACUCCCGCUGUGGCCAGUCUGGGACACAGGACAGGGACUCCCACCAUGGCCAGUCUGGGACACAGGACAGGGACUCCCGCUGUGGCCAGUCUGGAACACAGGACAGGGACUCCCACCAUGGCCAGUCUGGGACACAGGACAGGGACUCCCGCUGUGGCCAGUCUGGAACACAGGACAGGGACUCCCACCAUGGCCAGUCUGGGACACAGGACAGGGACUCCCGCUGUGGCCAGUCUGGAACACAGGACAGGGACUCCCACCAUGGCCAGUCUGGGACACAGGACAGGGACUCCCGCUAUGGCCAGUCUGGAACACAGGACAGGGACUCCCACCACGGUCAGUCUAGGACACAGGACAGGGACUCCCACUGUGGCCAGUCUGAGAAGCAAGGUCAGGACUCCAGCUCUGGUCAAAGACUGAGUCAUAAAUCUGUCAGUGACCAGUCCAAAGGACAAGGACAUAUCUUUGCCUUGAAUCAGUGUGAGAGACAAGUUCAGGAUUCUCUUUAUGACCAGUCUGGAAAACUGGGAGAGUCUCGCUCCAGCCAAAGAAACCAACAGGAAUCAGGCUCUUAUUAUGGUCAGUCUGGGAGGCUGGGUCAGGAAUCAGGCUGUGGUCACAGAGACAGGCAAGAAUUGGAUUCUCAACAUGGCCAGACAGACAGACAAGGCCAGAGUUAUCAUUAUGGCCAGACAGACAGACAAGGCCUGAGCUCUGAGUAUGGACAGACAGACAGACAAGGCCAGAGUUAUCAUUAUGGCCAGACAGACAGACAAGGCCUGAGCUCUCAGUAUGGCCAGACAGACAGACAAGGCCCAGGCUCGCAGCGCAGUCAACCAGAGACUGGGGACACUGGGCUGAACAGGCGCUUCCGAGAGAGCGCAGACACAAGCAGAGAUCCACGUGCCGAGCGGUCAGGAAGGCCAGGGCCACUGAGCCAACAGACGCAGGGACAGGAAGCGAACCGAGAUCAGGGACAGAGAGUCCAGUCUAGACAAGGGCAGCAGAACAGCCACCAGGCCUGGGGGCCCGAGGAGGACAGCCAACACCACCAACACAAACUCGUAGCACAAAUCCAGCAAGAAAGGCCACACUGUCACAGAGGGACUGACCAGCAAUCGAGCUCUAGAGAGCAAGGCCACAGGCAGGCCCAGACCAGGCAGAGUCGUGGUGAGGGGCAGAGCCACCAGGCGGAUGAAGAGCAGGGCCACCAAAGCUGGGGCAGACACAGUCUUGAGGGUCAGGAAACCACAUGUGAGACAUGGGACAGGCAAACCCAUGACGACCAGCAAGGCCAUCAGAGACGGGACAGGCAAACCCAUGACGACCAGCAAGGCCAUCAGAGAUGGGACAGGCAAACCCAUGAGGACCAGCAAGGCCAUCAGAGACGGGAUAGGCAGACCCAUGACGACCAGCAAGGCCAUGACGACCAGCAGAGCCAUCAGAGACGGGACAAGCAAACCCAUGAUGACCAGCAAGGCCAUGACGGCCAGCAAGGCCAUCAGAGACGGGACAGGCAAACCCAUGAUGACCAGCAAGGCCAUCAGAGACGGGACAGGCAGACCCAUGACGACCAGCAGGGCCAUCAGAGAUGGGACAGGCAGACCCACGAGGAGAGAGAGAGAGGUCACGGGCCCCAGGACAGGCAGUCCCACUGGACCCAGCGGGACUGCACUAAUGGAGGGAAGUCUGGCGUGACUACGGACGGCCAGAGCCAAGGCUCCCGGGGAAGACACCUCACGCUGAACGUGCCCGGAGCGGAACGCCUCCCCUCACGUCCCUCUCUAGGUAAACAGGUCCACUGUCUGUCCAGCUGCCCAGGCCAAAAACCUAGAUCGCCACCAGAUUCCUUCCCCGGCCUCACCGUCUACACGCGCCACGUCAGCAAACACACGGAUUUCCGCUUAGAGCCCUCGGAGUCCGACUACAAACACCUGAGCUCCCGCCUCCAGCGCCCACCUGUUCUCCUGCGAUGA